AUGUUCUCUGAUUCACCGGAUUUAAAGAUCGGUACAGAAAUUGAAAUUUUGGGCCGCUAUUUAUAUUGUAAUAAUUGGAAUGUAGAUGAUGCAUUAAAAAAUAUACACGAUUAUUAUGAUUUUAAAAAUAAAUAUCCUGAUUGGAUUACAAAUGAUCAGACACCAGAUGAUUUUGAAGAAAUUUAUAAUUUAAAUACAAGAAUAUUAUUACCACAUACAGAUAAACAAGGAAAAUUUAUAGUAGUUCAUAAGAUUGUGGAUGCAUUCAAUGAUAUUGAAAACUAUAAUAUUAAAUUAGUACAACUUGAUGAUUUAAUUUAUGAAUCUGUACUAUCAUCACCACGUGGUCAACAGUAUGGUAUUACAACAAUAUUGGAUACUGAAGGUAUAAAUCGUAACUAUAUAAAAUACUAUACACCAAGUAUUGCUACUUUAAUUGGAAAAAAAUGUGAUAUAAUGCCAAUACGAUUAGAAGAUAAAAGAGCUCAUUUUUUAAUAAAAAAUGCUUUAAUUAGUUCACUACUAUCACUUAUUUUACCAUUUCUAGGAUGUUUAAAAAAAUUGGCAAUUUUUCAUAAAAGUUCAAAUUUAGAAAAAUUGAAGGAAUAUAUUGGAAAAGAAAAUUUACCAUAUGAAUAUGGAGGUUCACAAAUGAAUAGCUUUGAUUCAUCAUAUUUAAAAGAAUUUCUACGCGCCAGAUAUAGUUAUGUAAAACAAUCUCAAAAAUAUUACAAAAAAGAUACAGAUUAAAAAAUUUGUGUUUAUUAAAUAAAAAAUAAGAAAUGUGCUGUUAGAACAAUUUAAUAUUGAAAUUAAUUAAACCAAGUAAAUUUAGCAU